AUGGGUAGCAAGUCGAGUAAAAAAUCUGAAGAAAUAAUUAUUGCCCAAAACGGCGCUGGGAACAGUGCCGCAGCUACACAGACCGAGACACAGAUGUGGACUUCGGUACGGCAGGAGACGUACUUGCUAAUCAUCAUUGCAUGUAUCCUGAUGGCGAUACUCUAUGUGAUGUGGCGCUAUUGUAAGACCGGGUACGCCCGGUACCUGCGCCGAGAGCUGGUGGAGCUGACAAGGAUGGAGUCACGCGCUGGUGAGCCAGGCUAUGACAGCCGCCCACCACAACGCAAUCGCAACAAAAGAAAUGAUGCUGUUAGGGAUAUUGCUUCUGUGUUCAACAUAGCAUCAUCAGAAAUCGAGAGAAAACUGAAGAAUUUAUCCAGCCAUUAUUUUCGAGAAAAACGCAAAUAUGAAGAAUCUAAAAGGAGUGGAUCUGGACGGGAUGAUGUUCAAUUGCCGAAAUGGUUUGCUUAUAAGGCGUUAUCAUUUCUUAAUGACAAGAAUGCACCGGUACCGACUCUGAACAGCCUCACACCUAGUUCUUCACAAGAUAAUAUCACUUCCCAGACUACGCUUCUUUCGACAAGGACUUCACGAAAGCGAAAUAUAGAGAGAGAACCUGAAGUUGAUGAAGCUUUGCAAUUACUGAGGGAGAUCACGUCUAAUGCAAGGCAACGCGAUGAUGCUGCUAUAUUUGCAGACUAUAUAAGUAGCAAGUUGAGGAAGAUGGAUCAUUACACGAUGUGUACAGUACAACAUCAAAUCCAGAAUAUUGUCUAUGAAGCAGAAAUGAGAAUGGGUUCGAUGAAUUUUGAUACCAAUAAUACUACUCAGCCUCUUCGUUAUCAAAAUGUUCUUCCAGGAUACUUCACAGGCCGACCUACAACGUCAGCAAUGUCACCGUCGCCCUCAACUUCGCGCUCUGUUCAAUCAGACUAUGAAAUGCAAAAUAGCCCAGAUGUCAAUACAAGUGACAGUCUGUUACAAGUCUUGGAAAAUAAUUUAACCGAAAAUAGUGUAAUAGAUUAA